UCGGACAUAGCCCCGCAGGACCACAACAAACCUGACGGUGCCUUCAGGAACCAUCCGACGUGAUGAUUAAUUCUUCAGGAGGGAGAGUCAUCACGGCACUGCUCCACCGACCUGGGCUUUAUGGCACAGUGAACAGACGGAAGCCUCCCCUCGGUGAAAGAUGGGAAAGAAAAAAACAACGAAAGGAUUCUCAGGCCGUGAGAAACAACGUUUUCUGAUGAAAAAAGAUUGGGCUGUGUGGCCCAAACCCUAAGCAUCAUGUCUGGCGGAAACUGGACAUGAUGCUUAGAAAUGUCUGUCCUUCUGGAGGUUUCUCCCAUCUCCCCACAGGAUGUCUGGAAUUCAGCUAGAAUCACCGAAAUGACCAAGGCCAUCUCCCCUGAUUGCUCAGUUUGGUUGGGUGGCCAGCUCAACAAAGAGUCGUGGUUGUUCCAAACUCCUUCCACUCAAGAAUAAUGAAGGCCGCUACGGUCUUGGAAACCCUGAAAGCAGCUGAAAUUUUUUGUUGCCUUCCCCAGAUGUGUGCCUCCACAUAAUCCUCUGCUGGCAGUCCCUUCGACCUCAUGGCACCUGAGCUAAGAGUCUUUAAAGCAUUUAAGACAUCGGUUUUAGAGCUGAUGUGUAUUGACACAUUAUUGACAUUUUUUUUAUCACCAUUUGAAGUUGAUAGAGAAGUGGCACGUGUUGUGAUACUUCAUCAAUCCGGGGAUAUUUAUGGCAAAACCAGACCACAAGACCACACGGUGGAGAAUCUGACCUUCUCCAAUGACCACCAGCAUCAUUUCCUUAUCUGUCAUCAUGUCACCGCGGAAAAGACCCCUGGUUCCUGUGAGCAGUCGACGGAAGGCAGCAGACGACUACUUCCCUUUCAACCUCCUGCCAGUGGAGUGUCAGCUGCACGUCUUGUCUUUUCUGAAUGAGGUGGAUAAGUGUAGCUGCGCUCUGGUUUGCCUGAGCUGGAGCUGUCUCAUCCGCUCAUGGAAGCUGUGGCGAGUGGCUGACUAUUCCCGUCGUGGUGUCUUCCAUUUGGGUCAGGAGGGGCUGCUUGUUUCCAACCGUGAGUUUGAGAGGUGGAAAUCCUGGGUCCACCAUUACACCCACCACCUCAUUUCCCGCCGGGCAAGCCUGCUAACACUGAAGGCCAGCUUCGACCUGGGGGAUCGUUGCAACAAGUGGGGCGAGCUGCUGAGCCACCUGCUAAAUAAUGUUCACUGCAGAGACCUCAGCCACCUGGACCUCAACUGGACCUUUACUCUUCUUGAGCCGCUGGACCUUAGGGUCCACUCCAGCUCCAGUUCACACCAGGACAGCAUUACCAAAAUGGACCAGGUGACGAGUUUCCAGGAGCUGCUGACCAAACUCACCCACAGCUGCCCACGCAUCUCUAAGAUGCGGCUACACUUCGACUGGUCCGAUUUGUCUGUGUCGCUGCUCACCCAGUUCCAGCAGCUCCGAGUCCUUGAGCUCAAAUACUUCUGGGUCUUUAAAGGAGUGACUCCCUCAACACUGCAGACCCUAACCAAAUCUCUGCCUAACCUGAAGUCUCUGACUUUACAUAUCCUGGUGCCACUGAGGAAUCUGGGCAUCUCAUACACCCUGGAGUCUCAGUCUCUGGAAUUCCUGGACGUGUCGCCCAGUCGAGGUCUAGUCUUCUCUUGUCUGAAGCUACCUGCCCUGCGGGAGCUUCGAGCCAAAAAGAUUGUCCGCGGUAUCACACUGGACCGGAGAACCAGGCUGAGGAUUCAGCACCGGUGGCCCUGCCUGUACCACGUCCUCCGGGAGGGGACACCAAAGCUUCAGGCUCUAAACAAUGAGAGGCUCCUUCCCACAUGGAGAGAGGAGAGCUAUGGGGAGCUGUCUGCUAUCCUGGAACAGUCCUGUUACUGUGUACAGCAUCUAGACAGCUGGCUUUGGUAAUCAACUGAACAACAGUAAAUGAAGUACAUCUACAGCUGGUCAUCAAUUGGUAGAAUCCAGAAAGUAAUAUAUUGACUUAGAAUACACCAGUUUUAUAUUGAUUUGAACAAACCGAACAUACAUUCAUUGCACAUAGCUGCAGAUAAAACUGAGACUUGAAAUGAAAUCACUGUAAGUUGUUUCCAAAGCAGUAAGCCACUGUUAGUCUGGAAACACUUGUUGACAAGACAGUGAUAAACAGUAUGUCCAUAAUUGUUUGUCCAGUAUCUCCAGAAAGCAAAGGUGCUUCUGCCUCAUGCUGAUCGCAUUGUGCUAGUCUGGAUUCAUUUCCACUAGAGCUCUGUGGUAGUGUGCAUAACCCGUGGAUUAUGAAAAGAGGACUACAUGACAGAGUGUAAUGGCUUUGCCAAGAUGAGGAGAAUUUAGCCUGCUACAGCAUGCUGGAGCCCACUGUUGAGGGAAAGAAACAAAACUAUCCAGAAUAAAGCCAAAAUUUUUGGAGAUAUAAACUUGAAAAAGUCAUUUUAUAUUAGUGUUAAUGUUCUGACAUGUCAAAGUCUAGAAUCAUUUGCUGUGUAAUAAGACAAAAGUGGUAAUUUCAACAAAAUUUCAUAAUAUGAUAUAAACACCACCCUGGUCAAAGUACUAAAAUCUUGAAAUAUCACAACUUUAUACUUGCAAUUUUACAACAUUAUCCUCAACAUUCAGACUUUUUUUCUUCUUCUAAUAUUACGAGUGUAUAUUACAAUAUAAUAUUAGGACUGAAAUUUCUAAAUAUUUAUAAUAUACUUUUUCCUUUAUUCCCAGUAUGAGAUGACAAAGGAUAAAAUGCUCUCAAUUGUCAAUAACUGACAUGUACUGUACUGUACUGUACAGUAAUUGUACUGUUGUUAUUAGUUCAGAAAUUGAUUGAGUUCAGGUGUAUUGACAGUUACUGUUUCUAAUUGAUCAGCAAAGCUGUAAAGAAAGUGAGUCCUCUACUAGAAAAUUAUACAAAUGGCAGACAUGAUCAGUUGUGUUCAUUCAGUAAAUAUUUAAAGUUAAACAUGAACUCACCGUGUGCUAAUAGAACACAUUCAUUGUAUCCUAAAUUUGUGGCAAAUAAAGGCACAGUGCAGGACCAAAAAGCUUCUCAAAAUUGAUGGGUACUGACCCUGGGUCAUUAAGACCAAAUCCUCAUUCUGAAUUUAAAUUACCUAUAAACCCAAGCUAGUUCUGUAUCACCACUGUUGACAUGACUGCUAAAUUCUUGGCACAUUCAGACAGACAGUAUUAAUCUGGUGUAAUUCUAAUCAUAGCCUGUCAAGAAUGCAGCAAAACUAACCCAGGGUUCAUUCAAUGCUGGAGCAGUUUGCACCAGACAUGUUUAUUCUUUAGUGCCCCUUUUUGGUUGUUUUAUUAUUGAUGUGUGAUGUUAGUGGAAUUUUAUUGUGUGUGUUCCUUUUAAAGCACAGUGGGCUAUGGUAUCGGUUUUAUGAGAUUUUAAAACUAACCUGCCUAUCUUGAAAUGAUAGUUGGAAACUUUUUGCACAUUUCCAUUGCUGUAAUGAAGGUUGGUGUUCAAAUCACUGUAGCAAGCAAGUGACCAAAUUCCAGUUUUCAUGAGUGGAUGAAGUUUUUGUUUGUGAUCAUGGAUUCCAUAUAUUUUAUGUGUAUGUAAACUUGUGAAAUUAUAUUUUCAUUAAUUUGUACAAUGAGCCUCAACUGUUUGCUUCUGACAGCAGAGAAAUGGAAUCAGUGCCUUUGCAGUUAUCCUCCUUAUCAGUAGAGGACCUUACUCUCAAAGAUUUGGCAAACAGGAUUUCUCUCCCAAAGGUCUCGCAACAGAAACAUGGUUGUGUUUAUAACUGCACUAGUGUAAUGCUGUGUCUUUAGACCAGUGGAUUCUGAUCAUUUCACUCCAGUACUUGUGCUGCAGAUGUGUGCUUUAGGGUAUUUAUUUUCUUAAGGAUAUAUCAAUGUAUGUGUGAGAUUUUGUUGAUAUGAUGGAACCUUUGAGUGUACAUCUCACAAGAUUCCUAUACAAAUAA